AUGUCUCAACUUCAGAAGAAUCCAGAAUGUGCAGGUGACCAAGGCCAGACCUGUGAAAAGACCCACAGCCAGACUGCAGCAGUCUGCAGGGAUGUGGAGGAGCCUUGUACCUCCUCUCAUCUUAUGGCAAGUAGUCUGAAGGGCCAGACCUGUGAGGGGACCCAGGGCCUACAGGUAUCUAGGGAUGUGGAGGAGCCAAGUCACUCCUCCUAUUCUCUGAUGGCUAGCAACCAAAAUGAUCCUGCAGAUGAGACACCUAGUACCUCUGGAGGUCUUCAGAGUCCCUAUGACUCUUUGAGAAACUCAGGUGUGGGUCUUAGUAACCAAGAACAGGGCUCUCCAGUCAAUCCACCAUAUCAACCAGCCAACAUGAAUGUACCUGUGAUGAGUGUCGAUAGUAAAGUUGACUUCUUGGUGAAUUAUAUGCUGUACAAGUAUCAGAUGAAAGAGAUGAUGAGCAAGACUGAUAUAUUGAGGCUCAUUGUCAGAGAAGAUGAAAAUCGUUUUCAUGAAAUCCUCAUGAGAUCUGCUGAACGCAUGGAGAUGGUUUUUGGCCUAGGUGUGAAGGAAGUAGAUCCUGUCAACCACGUCUAUGCUCUCUUUAUCAAACUAGGUCUCACCUAUGAUGGGAUGCGUAGUGAUGAGUAUAGUUUUCCUAAGACUGGUCUCCUGAUAAUCAUCCUGGGGGUAGUCUUCCUGAAAGGCAACCGUGCCACUGAAGAGGAGAUUUGGGAAGCAUUGAAUCCAAUGGGAAUCUAUGCUGGGGUGAAUAAUUUCAUCUUUGGUGACCCUAGGCAGCUGAUAACCAAUGAGUUUGUGAAGGAGCAAUACCUGGUGUACCAGCCAGUAGCGGAUAGUGAUCCUGUGUGGUAUGAGUAUGUGUGGGGGCCCCGGGCUCGAGCUGAAACUAGUAAGAUGAAAGUGUUAGAGUUUGUGGCAAAGGUUUAUGGGACACACCCAGCUACCUUCCAGUCUCAGUAUCAAGAGGCUCUGAUAGAAAAAGAAGAGAGAGCCCUUGCCUUGAUUUCAGACAGUGCUGGCCUAAGUUCUCGUUCUCGUGCAAGUUCUAGUGCCAUGGGCUGCAGUUUCCCUCGUAUGUAG